AUGUAUACGACGACAACUUCUUCUCCAACAUCGUUGUCCAAUAGUCCCAAUUCAGUAAUAGAAAAUCAUUGUACACCGAUAGGAUCUUCGUCAACUCAUCAUUACGGACGUACGACAUCAUAUAAUCGUACAUCGAUUAAACGUACAAUAACAACAAGAAAAAAUUAUGUAUUCAUUACAACGACGGGUAAAAGUCGAAGAGAAUUGAGUGAAGUACAUGGUUUUUCUGAAGAGCAAAUUGCUGUAUUUGAAGAAUCAUUUUCUUUGCUGGAUAAAGAUGGCGAUGGAAAUAUAUCAAAUUAUGAAAUUCGUUCAUUAAUGCAUUCACUGGGUUAUUCACCAAGUGAAGAAGAUAUUUCAACUGUGAUAUCAAAAGUUGAUACUGAUGGUAAUGGAAGUGUUGACUUCGAUGAAUUUUUAACUAUGAUGCGUUGUCGUCGAUCAACUGGCGAAAGUGAUAAAGAAUUACAUCAAGUUUUUAAAGUUUUUGAUAAAAAUCGAGAUGGUUAUAUUGAUAAAGAUGAACUUUAUGAUAUGUUAUCAAGGCUUGGUGAACAUCUUACAGAAGAAGAUGUAAAAGAAAUGAUUGAAGAAGCUGAUUGUCUUGAUCAUGACGGAAAAGUAUCGUAUGAAGAAUUUCUAGCAAUAUUAUAUUCAAAAUAA